AUGGAUCCAGGCAGACAAGCGAUGAUCAACGGUUCCAAGUCGCCGCGAACGGAUCGAGGCCGAGACGUCACCGCGCCUCGCUACGAUCCGUCGAACCGAAUUGCGAAACCCUCCCGCCAGUUGCCUGCAAACGGCAACGUGGCAAACGCUGCGAGCAGAUAUCUCACACAGGACCAGCAGUCUGAGCAGUUUGUCGCCGACGAGGACAAGUUCGUGUUGAAGCAGGCAAAGAAGAAGGCCGACAUCCGCGUUAGGGAGCAGCGCGCGAAGCCCAUCGACUACCUGGCUUUUGGCCUCCGCUUCAUUGAUUUGGAUCGCGACGCCUUCGAUGACGACGACGGCGACGUCGAAAUUGACUUGCCCGCCCCAGAAGCCGUGCUGCAGAGCCUGAAUGAUGCCCAGCUGAAGGAGCUGGAGGAGGACAUCCGGUCAUAUCACACGCUCGAAGCCAACGCCACGAACAAGGAGUACUGGACAGCGCUGCUCGCCCUCUGCCUUGACCAUCGCCAGAAGCGGAAGCCCCAGGGCCCCGAGGGACGAGCAGUGACUUCGGUAGCCUCAGACGUCGACCGGAUCCUCAGCCCAAAGACGCUCGAGCAGCUGGAGGCCCUGGAAAAGCAGAUAAAGGCCAAGCUGCAGUCGAACGAGCCAAUCGACACGGACUAUUGGGAGGCGCUUCUUAAAAGCCUGCUCGUCUACAAGGCAAAGGCAAGACUCAAGAAGGUGUGCGCAGCCAUAAAGGAGGCCAGAGUCGGGAUCCUUCGGAAGCGGGACCCGGAAAGAGCCAAGGCCCUGGAAGAAUCCGGGGGAUUCUCCGCCACCGUUCCCCAACUCUCCCCGGCCCCCACCAAGCCGAUGGUCCGAUCGGCCGCCUCGACAGCUGUCACCCAGACGAGUUCCAGCGCCGCACCGCUGGGAACCGCCCGCUUUGCGUCGGCUGGGAAUGAGGACUUUUCUCUGGCGACCAAGGCAUUGUACGACCGCGAGGUAGCCCGUGGCGUCAGCGAAGGCGAGGAGAUCUUCACGGCGGAAGAGGCCGUCCCGGGAAUCCAGAGACCUCUCUGGGCCGACAAGUACAGACCGCGGAAGCCGCGCUACUUCAACCGCGUGCUGAUGGGAUACGAGUGGAACAAGUACAACCAGACGCACUAUGACCACGACAACCCGCCACCCAAGGUGGUCCAGGGCUAUCGCUUCAACAUCUUUUACCCGGACCUCAUCGACAAGACCAAGGCGCCGACCUUCAAGAUCAUCCGCGAACACGGUCGCCGAAAGGGCGAGUCAUUUGCCCCCGCCGGCAAGGAGGACACUUGCCUUAUCCGUUUCAUCGCCGGGCCGCCAUACGAAGACAUUGCCUUCCGGAUCGUGGAUCGGGAGUGGGAUUACAGCGCGAAGAAGGAACGCGGGUUCAAGAGCAGUUUCGACAAGGGCAUUCUGCAGCUGCACUUCCAGUUCAAGAAGAUCUAUUACCGGAAGUAA